AUGUUUGUGAAAGCGAUAACACCAACUCAAACGUCGAGCACCAACUCAAUCGAACACCAACUCAAUCGAACACCAACUCAAUCGAACACUCAACUGAACUCAAUCGAACACCAACUCAAACGUCGAGCACCAACUCAAUCGAACACCAACUCAAUCGAGCACCAACUCAAUCGAACACCAACUCAAUCGAACACCAACUCAAUCGUACACCAACUCAAUCGAACACCCAACUCAAUCGAACACCAACUCAAUCGAACACCCAACUCAAUCGAACACCAACUCAAUCGAACACCAACUCAAUCGAACACCCAACUCAAUCGAACACCAACUCAAUCGAACCCCAACUCAAUCGAACACCAACUCAAUCGAGCACCAACUCAAUCGAACACCCAACUCAAUCGAACACCAACUCAAUCGAACACCAACUCAAUCGAACACCAACUCAGUCGAACACCAACUCAAUCGAACACUCAACUGAACUCAAUCGAACACCAACUCAAUCGAACACCAACUCAAUCGAACACCAACUCAAUCGAACCCCAACUCAAUCGAACACCAACUCAAUCGAACACCCAACUCAAUCGAACACCAACUCAAUCGAACACCAACUCAAUCGAACACCCAACUCAAUCGAACACCCAACUCAGUCGAGCACCAACUCAAUCGAACACCCAACUCAAUCGAACACCAACUCAAUCGAACACCAACUCAUCAAUCGAACACCAACUUAAUCGAACACCCAACUCAAUCGAACACCAACUCAAUCGAACACCAACUCAUCAAUCGAACACCAACUUAAUCGAACACCCAACUCAAUCGAACACCAACUCAAUCGAACAGAUCAAGUAA